AUGUUUUCAGCUACAGGAAUGAUUCCUUGUCAGCUAUGCCCUAGACAUACAUUUGCUGGGCCUCCUCCAAUUGGAGGCUAUAAGGAAUGCGAGCCGUGUCCGGAAGGAACAUAUACAGCUCGCCUGGGCUCUGUCGGCCCUAGCCAUUGCAAACAACCUUGUGCUCCAGGGCAUUUUUCUGUAACAGGGUUGGAGCCCUGUUCUCCAUGCCCAAUUAAUUUCUAUCAGCCGAAUAUUGGCCAGCAGCGUUGUCUUCAAUGCUCAAACGAUUCUUUCACUGCAGAGACUGGUAGAUCUGCCGAUGAGCAUUGCAAAAAGCUGGAUUGCCAAACACUUAAAUGCCAGAAUAGGGGGCAAUGCGUCGUGGCUAAUCAUAAGGUAUUUCUAUUAGAAAAUAAGAUUGUCAUAUCAAAAAGUUAUUUAAUCACAUCCCGAUGUAAUAAAAUGUUUUUGGAAAAAGUGAGAGAAGGAGAAGUUUGUGAAUGCCGCCCAGGCUUUAUGGGUUCUCACUGUGAACAACAAAUACCCCUCUGUGACUCUCACCCCUGCCUUAAUGGAGGCACUUGUGAAUUGCACAACGGAGCUUUUCGUUGUAUAUGUCCCCAAAACUAUACUGGCUCGAGAUGUCAAUUUGGACCGGAUGAAUGCAUCUCUUCUGUUCAUUGUCCAAAUGGGGGCGUAUGUCAAGACUUGCCUGGGCUUGGAACAACUAAGUGUAUUUGCAGGACCGGUUUCACCGGGCCAGACUGUUCUCAAAUCUCUGAUCCUUGUCAAAGCGACCAACCAUGCAAAAAUGGUGCUCAAUGUAUUCCCUUACAACUUGGUCGUUAUAAAUGCAAAUGUUUGCCCGGUUGGGAGGGAACAAAUUGUGAUAAGAAUAUUGAUGAUUGCACAGAAAAUCCUUGUGCAUUAGGCGCUAAAUGUCACGAUCUUAUUAAUGACUUUGAAUGUGAAUGCCCCCAUGGAUUCAGUGGAAAACGCUGUCAAAUAAAAGAUAAUUUAUGUGAUCCAAGUCCUUGUCUCAAUGGAGGUCAAUGUGUGGAUACUCUGUUUGAUAGGCAUUGUAUAUGCAAACGUGGGUGGAAUGGGACCUUUUGUGAGCAGGAAGUUAACGAGUGCUCUCAGAAGCCUUGUCAAAAUGGAGCUACUUGUCGCGAUCAAGAGGACGAUUACUCGUGUGAAUGUGCACCAGGUUUUCACGGUUAUCAAUGCCAAUAUAUGAUUGAUCAUUGUGCCGUCAAGCCUUGUCGAAAUAAUGGAACAUGUAUAAAUCGAGGUCCAAUUUAUGAGUGUCAAUGCCCUCUUGGUUACGAGGGUGAUCAUUGUGAACACAAUGUCGAUGAAUGCGAGAUGAUGACACCUUGUGAUGCUGUUGGGACUGGAAGGUGCGAGGACUUGGUUAACGGUUUUAAGUGCCAUUGUCAUCCCGGAUAUGAAGGCACUUUCUGUGAACAACACGUUAGCCAGUGUGAAGACGAACCUUGCAUGAAUAAUGGUACUUGUACUGAUUUGGGUGCUGGUUUUCAAUGUGAAUGUCAGUUGGGAUGGAAAGGUGAUCGUUGCCAGGAGAUGGAAACACAAUGUGAUCGAAAACCGUGUAUGAAUGAAGGCAAAUGUGUCCCAUUAGUGGACGAUUAUUUCUGUGUUUGCCCGGAGGGUGUGAGUGGAAAGAAUUGCGAAUUGGCCCCGAACCGAUGCCUUGGAGAACCUUGCCAUAACGGCGGUGUUUGUGGCGAUUUUGGUUCCCGAUCUGACUGUCAAUGUCCAAAGGGCUAUAGCGGCAAUGGAUGCCAAUUCCGUUUUGAUGGUUGCCACGAGGGCUUGUGCAAGAAUGGUGGAACUUGUGUUAAUAAUAAUGACUUGACUAAGCAUGAAAUGUCCAAAAUUGAAAAUUCGGUAGCUGUUGAACAGAACAGUGAAGCGAUUGGAUUUAAAUGUGUUUGUGCUCCUGGAUUCUCUGGAAAUGAAUGCGAGAUUGAUAUUAAUGAAUGUCAACCUUCUCCAUGUCCUUUAGCCUCUCAUUGUGUUGAUUUAGUCAACGGGUAUUACUGUAAAUGCCCUUUCAAUAUGACUGGUGCCAACUGCGAGAAGAGAAUUGAUCCAGACUAUGAUUUACGCUUUCUUGAAUCUUCAAGUCAGCCUGCUUCAGCCAGUUUAGGAAUUCCUUUCAAUUUUGUCUCGAGUGCAUUAACUUUGAAUAUUUGGGUUAAAUUUGAAAAGAAUCACCAAACUGAUGUUUUAAAAGAACAAAGAAAAUCGCCCCCAAUAUUUUUCACGCUUUAUAGUAGCAGGUGA